CUAGUAUCUUUUACUUUUCCAGGGUUCACGGUCGGAGCAAGAAAGACUCCUACGCACAUCCAGCACGCUGUAUGUGGGCAACCUUUCCUUUUAUACUACUGAAGAACAACUUUAUGAGCUGUUUGGCCGUGCUGGAGAUGUAAAGAGGAUCAUUAUGGGGCUUGACAAGGUUAAGAGGACUCCAUGUGGAUUUUGUUUCGUUGAGUAUUUUACAAGGGAAGAAUCGGAGCAGUGCAUGAGGUACAUCAACGGAACUCGCCUUGAUGACCGCAUUGUUCGUACAGAUUGGGAUGCAGGUUUCAUUGAGGGACGACAGUAUGGGCGAGGAAAGAGUGGUGGACAGGUUCGUGAUGAAUACCGCACAGACUACGACAGUGGACGAGGUGGAUAUGGAAAGAUCGUACAACAGAAGAUUCUCCCCAAGAUCCCAUAAUGCUUGAAGGAGUGUGUCAGUGGCUGUGUUUUUAAAUAGGAAAAGCAUCUGGUUGUCCUCAAUAUCAGUAUCUGUAUCUUGAACCUCUUCCUUUUACAAUAGUUUUUUUUUUUAUAAUGUGCUACAGAUUUUUUUUUUUUUUUUCCUUCUUUAACAACCUGAUCGAAACAUGAUACUCAAGUGGCCUUGUUCAAAGUUCGUCUACCAGCCAAUGAAACUAGUGGACACAUAUGCUAUCCUAACUGAUUGAAAUUCAUUACUACAUCAAAGGUUGGGCACCGAUUUACUCAAAACAAGGCCCUGCGAGUCUCUGGUUUAAAAGUGGUGAAACAAAGAAACAUUGAAAAGUAUGAUAGCUUUGGAAAAGUGAAUGAUGUGUUUUAUUCAGUAAGUUCCAUUCUUUCAUUUUUUCUGUGCAGAUGCGCCUUAAAUGUUGGUUUGUCUGUGGCUGCUCAAAGGCCAUGUAUUUUGUCUUGUAAUGCAGUAACAAGAACUGAAGUAAUAUUGUUAUUUAUUUUUACAAUUGUUUUUAAGAAUUUAAGUGGGAUUCUUUUAUGUGAAGGUGAGAGUGAGAGAUUGUCAAUUUUACUGAGAUGGCUUCAAAUAAACAAUGUUUAUUAGAAUGUGUAUUUAGCCAUAUAUCUUGAAGACAAAAAUAUACAGUAUUUGAUACUUGUGUCCUCAAAGCUGAAGUUCACAGCAAAGAAUCUUUGCUUUGUGUUCUCUUUAUUUCUUAUUCAAUUACAAGCUUUGUACAGACUUUGUAAGACUUUUGAUAUAAAAAUACAUUUACU